AUGAACACCGACCAUCCAACCGGUGGCGUGGACGUGACAUAUGGAAAGGAGGAUGUCCAGUAUCUCUGCUUCUGGAAGCCCAUACCCCCCAACGCCCCGAUUGUUGUCUUUGUUCAUGGUGGGAGUUGGGGAUCAGGGACAUAUUUGGACUCGAUUGGAUUCAAAGUUGAUCAUUUGACCGGCAAGGGCUAUGCCUUUGCCACCGUCAACUAUACACUCAUCCCAUCUGUGACGGUGGAAGAGCAGGUGCAGGAAGUGGCCGACUCGCUGGGUUACCUGGUCAGAAAUGCGACCAGAUUAGACAUUGAUCCCCAGCGAAUCAUUCUGAUGGGACACAGUUCUGGUGCACACGUUAUUACGCUGCUGGGAACUGACAAAUGA